AUGACCACUAUCCAGAAAAGCACAGAUACCAGCGCAUCGGUGGUAGAAAAGCCUGCAGCCAAGAAAUUGCUGACAGACACGCUAUUCCGGACAGUGGUGGUCUCUGCCAUGGGAUCGAUGCAACAUGGUUACAAUCUUUGGGUGGUCUACUCCCCGACACUGCUAAUGAAAGACUUUACUCAUGAAGACAACCAGUAUAUGCUGUUCAUGCUGGAGAUCACCGUUAGUUUGUUUCCACUCGGAGGCCUCAUUGGGGCACUUGCUGUAGGAUCCAUGGUGGACACAUAUGGCAGGAAAGGUGCCUUGCUGAUCAAUAGCUUUUGCUCCAUGGUGUCUUCAAUGUUCAUGAUUUGUUCCACUGUGAUACAUGCCUAUCUGUUCUCUAUGUUUUCACGCUUCCUCGUUGGAAUAACCAUGGGCAUAUUCUCCGGUGUGGUUCCAUUGUACCUCGCAGAGAUCUCCCCUGUGAACUUGAGGGGAGCCAUUGGCAUGCUGCCCCACCUCUUCCUAACCUUAGGGGUCCUGCUGGCUCAGAUCCUUGCUUUUCAGGAAUUGCUGGGGAACAAAGAAGAUUGGCCAAUACUGAUGAGCUUCUCUGGGAUCCUGGCAUUAUUUCAGACCAUCGUCAUACCUGCCUUUCCUGAAAGUCCAAGGUAUCUACUGAUUCAGAAGAAUGAUGAAGAGAAGGCCAGGGAAGCCUUGAAGAAGCUGAGGCGCCAGGAUGACGUGGAACACGAGAUAAAAGAAAUAUGCCAGGAGAACCUCUCGGAGAAGUCAGACAAGGGCAUGAAUGCGCUGAAGCUGCUGUGCUACCCAGGCCUGCGGUGGCAAGUCAUCUCUAUCAUUAUCCUGAUGUCUGGCCAACAGCUCUCUGGAGUCAAUGCGGUAUACUUUUAUACAGACAGAAUCUACCUGUCUACAGUGAUAGAUAAAGAUAAUACCCGGUUCAUCGCUGUAGGGUCAACAAUUGCCAUCCUCAUCUUCGUCUUGAUUGGCAUGUAUCUCGUUGAUUCCAUGGGGCGGAAGCGUUUGCUUCUCUUUGGAUUUGGAAUAUGCACUUUCUUCUGCAUUGUAUUAACCAUGACCCUCGAACUUCAGGCCACCAUCUCGUGGAUGUCAUACAUCAAUGCAGUUUUCAUCAACGUGUUCCUUCUUGGACAUGCCAGCGGGCCGAGUUCGCUUCCCAAUCUAAUCACAGCAGAAAUGUUCCUGCAGUCAACGCGGUCUUCGGCCUUCGUGGUUGCGGGCUGUGUGCACUGGUUCCUGAACUUUUUUACGGUGACGACAUUUCUUCACUUACAGCAAUACAUUGGAUUCUACAGCUUCCUCAUUUGCUGUCCCAUCUGUGCCGCCACCUUCGUUUAUAUCUUCAAGAUGAUCCCUGAAACCAAGGGCAAGACCUUUGUGGAAAUCAGGAAGGUUGUUCCAGUCUAUGUGGGCAAGCGGGCCCUGGCCAAGCGGCGGCGGCGAGGCAGAUAG